AUGGUCGACGCCACGGCUGGCCACGAACUGUUGAGUUUCAUGGACGCCUUCUCCGGAUAUAACCAGAUCCUCAUGCAUCCCGAUGAUCAAGAAAAAACCGCGUUCGUCACAGAAAGGGGCAUUUUUUGUUACAAAGUAAUGCCCUUCGGAUUAAAAAAUGCUGGCGCGACAUACCAACGACUUGUCAACCGAAUGUUCGCCGGAUUACUAGGAGACACAAUGGAAGUAUAUAUUGAUGACAUGUUAGUCAAAUCAUUGGUCGCUGAGCAACACUUGCACCAUUUACAGCAGGCGUUCGACUUAUUGAUCAAAUAUGGCAUGAAACUGAAUCCCACCAAGUGCUCAUUCGGAGUAACCGCUGGGAAGUUCCUGGGCUAUAUCGUAACUCAACGAGGCAUCGAAGCAAAUCCCGACCAAAUCAGAGCAAUCCUCGACCUCCCUUCGCCAAAAUGCGUAAAAGAGGUGCAGAAAUUGACGGGGAGGGUGGCGGCGCUCAACAGAUUCGUAUCUAGGUCAUCCGAAAAAUGCCACCAGUUCUUCACAACGCUUUGCAAAACAAAUGACUUCGCAUGGACCGCCGACUGCGAGAAGGCUCUGCAGCAGCUGAAAGAAUACUUGACUUCACCACCACUAUUGUCCAAGCAUAAAGAAAACGAACAGCUGUACGUUUAUCUCGCAGUGUCCGAAACAGCCGUCAGCGCAGUGUUAAUCAGAGAAGAGGAAUCGAGGCAACUUCCCGUAUAUUACGUGAGCAAAAGCCUCUUGGACGCCGAGACCAGAUACAGCCAGAUGGAAAAGCUCGCGCUAGCCCUCGUAACAGCCGCCCGGAAGCUGAGACCGUACUUCCAAAGCCACAGCAUCGUGGUAGUAACCACAUUCCCUAUGAGGAGUAUACUACACAAGCCCGAAUUAUCCGGACGAUUAACGAAGUGGGCGGUCGAAUUAAGCGAGCACGACAUCACUUAUCAACCUCGCACAGCAAUCAAAUCUCAGGUGUUGGCGGACUUCGUCGCCGAUUUCACUCCGCCCAUCCAAGAUCAAGCUGAAAAGGAGUUGCUCUGCAUCGCCAUGCCAAUCCUGGGAAAGUGGACCCUCUACGUAGACGGAUCGAGCAGCGUCAAAGGCAGCGGAUUGGGUUUAGUCUUGCUUUCACCGGAAGGGAGUAUCAUCCAAAGAUCCGUACGAUGCGGAUUUAGAGCGACGAACAACGAAGCCGAGUAUGAAGCUUUGAUCGCCGGCCUUCAACUUGCAGAGGACAUGAGGAUCAAGAACCUAGCAGUCCAUUCGGAUUCUCAGCUGAUUGUCAAUCAGUUGCAAGGAUCCUACCAAGCAAAGGAUCCAAAGAUGGCAAGCUACCUCGAAGCAGUCAAGGAAUUACAGAAGCAGUUCGACGAAUUUUCGCUAACGCUUAUUCCAAGAGCGAACAACGCUCAUGCAGACGCACUCGCAAAGUUAGGGUCCUCGAUUCAGGCGACGGAACCCCAACCAAUCCCGGUGGUAUACUUGAAGUGGCCGUCAGUUUGGAAGCAGUACUCGACUCCUGAGGAGACAAUGGCGAUAGAAUCCGCCAUACCAGAGGCCAACAAAAACGGUGAUGAUUGGAUGAUAUCCAUUGCUAGAUACAUACAAGGGGGGAUUUUGCCUGACGACCGAAGUGAAGCACGACGCCUCAAGUCGAAAGCCGCGAGAUUCACCUUGUUCGGAGGGUUGCUCUACAAACGAUCUUAUUCCGGUCCAUUACUUAGGUGCGUGACGUCGAGGCAAGCUCAGUUCGUGUUGGCCGAGCUACAUGAAGGAGAAUGUGGGAAUCAUUCCGGUGGUCGAAGCCUCACACACCGCACGCUCUCGGCGGGCUACUAUUGGCCAACGAUGAGAGCCGACGCCACAAAUUACGUCCGAAAAUGUGAUAAAUGCCAAAGGUUCGCUCAAAUACAGCAUCAACCGCCGGAAAAGCUCACACCAACUUUGUCUGCAUGGCCUUUCAUGAAAUGGGGAAUGGACAUCGUCGGACCCCUUCCAGCGGCAUCUGGUCAACGCAUAUAUUUCCUAGCACUCACUGAUUACUUCACCAAAUGGAUAGAGGCCGAAGCCUUCAGACGAGUUAGAGAUACAGAAGUCAAGCAAUUCGUGUGGAAAAACAUAAUCUGCAGGUUCGGAAUUCCAAAAGAGAUAAUAUGCGACAACGGAUCCCAAUUUAUCAGUUACGGCUUCAAGAGGUUCUGCACCAACUUAAAGAUUAAGUUGUUCUUCUCCACACCUCGUCACCCUCAGUCAAACGGGCAAGCUGAAGCCUCCAACAAAACUUUGAUCAACACUUUGAAGAAACGACUAGAACAAGCAAAGGGAGCUUGGGCGGACGAACUACCCGGAGUUCUGUGGUCGUAUAGAACAACGGCUAGGACCCCGACAGGAGAAACCCCUUUCUCAUUAGCUUACGGUUCCGAAGCAGUCAUUCCCGUCGAAGCGGGAUUGCCCUCCGCUAGAUAUCAAUGGGUGAACGAAGAAACUAACUGGGAACAAUUGAAUGGCCAACUUGACACCAUCGAUGAAUUAAGGGAAACGGCGCUUACCAGAACGGCGGCUUAUCAGACCAGAGUUGCCCAACACUUCAACAAACACGUCCGCACCAGAGAGUUCAAGGUUGGGGAUCGAGUCCUUCGGAAAGUGUUUCAGAAUACAAAAGAAGUUGGAGCCGGAAAAUUGGGACCAAACUGGGAAGGUCCAUAUCAGAUUACUAAAGUUGUAGGGCACGGUGCCUAUAAACUUCAAGACAGGGACGGCCGAAACAUUCCCAACAGCUGGAACGCCAUCCACCUGAAAUUUUAUCAUUCUUAA